ACCAAGGCCAUCGUUAAAAGACGGCCUUCAGUUGACCACAAACCUUGGCGUUGUCUAUUCCACACUGCAACUCAGUCUACCGUUCUCUACAAGACACACUAAGGAUGAUGCUCGAAAAGGCGACAACUCUUUUUGAGCCUUUUUGGGUUUUCUCAACUUAUGCAUGUGUCUUUGUGUUUCAUACAUUCAGACGAUCGCUCCCCAUCAGACGGAAGAACUUCAACGCUUUUCGGCAUCUCACUCUCAUCUGUCACAUUGCCAUUCCAGUUGCGGAACUAUUCAGCUACCAUUUUCGCGCUACAAACUCCCAGCCGAGCCCAACAGCUUGUGAUCUUACCUUAUGCCUCGCCCAUUCGUUCACCGCCUUGCGGCUUGUAUCACGACUAUCCGCGGGGGACAAAGUUAUUGCUCGCCCGAACUACCAGUCAAUCGCCUUGCUUCGCGCUACUCUCUCUCUCAUCGGCUACGCUCGUGGCGAUAAGUUUUACUAUCGUGCCUCUAUUCGAGUAAUCCAUGGUUUCGUGUACCCGCGGAUUCUGAUAAAGGCGAUGUCGACCUACAAGAUCCUUCCGACGCAGGCUGCCAUCUAUACAGCCUCUAAUUUUACAGCUUCUAUCAUAUCUCUUCAUGAGACACAAGUGCUCUUUGGACCACAUCUCUUUGUGAUUCUCAUUGGAUUGAAUAUUUUCCUCAACCGAUGGGUCGCAGCCACUGUGAAUCACUGGUAUCUAAUGUACGUACCUCGUUUCACAGUACGCGAAAGUGUUGCAUCUAACAAUAGACAGGAACGGCAACACUCCACCACCAAUCCUUGCUUUAGCUCUCCUACAAUCUGGAUUUGUGGAGAAGCAACUGCUUGUUACCAGUCGACCAAUCCAACCCCAUGA